AUGUUGUCCGCAUUCUUUGGAAGCGGUUGCACAUUGGAAAUUGAUCUAAUCUCUGUCCCAAACCGACCCAAGAUCUCCGUUGAGAUAGAUGGAAAGGACGAGAUGUUGUGUAUAUUUUCAAACGGAGAGGAUGUCUGUGGCAAUGCAUUCGUCAAACUUAAUAACGGUAAAAAAUUCGAACAUAAUGGCAUCAAAGUGGAAUUGGUGGGCCAAAUAGAAUGUCUAAAUGACCGUGCAUAUUCGUAUGACUUUUUUUCAAUUGCUAAGGACAUGGAACCUCCUGGUGUGCUGAUUGAGGACAAGAAAUACUCUUGGAAAUUCUCUUCCUCAGACAUGCCGCAUGAAUCCUACUAUGGAGUAAACGUUAAGCUUCAUUACUUUGUCAGAUUAUCGGUAGCCAAACCAUAUGCGAGUUCUGUGUCGGAAGAGAUGCCUUUUAUUGUACAAAAUUUAUCCUUACCUCCCUCCAUUAACAAUACAAUUAAGAUGGAGGUUGGCAUAGAAGAUUAUUUGCAAAUGGAAUUUGAGUAUGAUAAAGCUAUUUACCACCUGAAGGACGCGAUUGUUGGAAAGGUAUACUUUCUAUUAGUGGCUAUCAACAUAAAAUACAUGGAAAUAUCAAUUCUGAGGGUUGAAAAUGUAUCCAUAGGAAGGAGCAAUAUCACUGAGACCAUAUUCCACAACAACUUUGAAAUUAUGGAUGGUUCACCUAUAAAAGGAGAAUGCAUCCCAGUUAGGCUCUAUUUGGCUGGCUUAAAUUUAUCGCCAUCGUAUAAAAAUGUCCAAAACAAGUUCACCGUACAACACUAUAUAAAUUUGGCUCUGGUGGACGAUGAGGGAAAGAGAUAUUUUAAGAAGCAAGAAAUUAAAUUGUGGAGAAAAGAAUUUGGUUGA